GUCAUUUGAUAAGGUCAUUUGUCAUGAAAAUUGUAAACAUCAAGUAAACAUACAAAAAAUAACAUUAGAAAUAUGUAUCUUUAAUUGUUGAACAAAUACCUACCUAUCAAAUAGGAAUCGCUUUGGUUUGCGUUGGAUUAACAGAACAAAGUAACUAUUUCAAUUAUGAGUCGAAUGUCGGCACACAAAUUACAAAAGCAAAUCGCUGAAGAAACACAGUUAUUAGCCGAAGAGAAAUGGCUUAUAAAAACGUUAAAUAUUAUUAAAAAGGAACGAAACGGUCUACAGAUAGAAAGACUCCAAUUAGAAAGUAUAAAAAUGCAGGCCCAAGGUCUACAACCAAAAACAUCGAAUGUAGAGGCAGAACCGUCCACAUCAGCAGUCAAUUUAAUGCAAACCACAAAAGGAAUUAGUAGCAGUGAGAAAUUAGCUUUUGAGGAAGAACCUGAAUAUGCAAAUAAUGUGGCUUGUAACGAAGAGUCCUUGAAUUUAAAUAUUACUGAUUCAGUGUUUGAUAAAAUUAACGAUGACUUUAACAUGGAAGAGGAUGAAGAUGAUGAUGAUGAUGUUAUUAUUGAUAUGAACAUGUUAAUGAAUGCACAAAAUAUGUGAACUAAAGAACUUGAAAUUUGGAUCAUAACCAAUUCAUUAUUAUAAUCAAAUUGAAAAGAUAUACUGAUGAUCUCUUUUUAAAAAUGAUAACAAGAAGAUUAAAAUAUUAUAUGGAAAUAAAUGAUAGUUUUGUAAUAUAACUAAUAAGAGAAUCAUCCCAAUAGAAAUUGAACAGUCAGAAUGAAUUACAACAUCACCUAAAUAAUAUCCUUCCUGUAUCCUGGAUAAAAAAAAUUAGUAACUACCAGUUAGUAUUGUAAUAAUUUUUAACUGUUACUUUCAUAUUCCAUUUUUCAGAACUUGUUCCUA